CGCGGCGGCCUGAUGCGGCACCCGGCGCCGCCCCGCCUGGCUUUUUCUCCCCUUUUCCCCGAAAACCCUCCGCCUUGAUAUCUCCGGGGGCGAGGCGGGGGCGGUGACGCCCCGUGCCCGGUGCGCCGGCCAUGCGGGGCGCGGCCCCCGGCGGCCCGGCGGCGGCCGGCGGGCGCUGAGCGCGGGCGGCGGAGAUGCCGAUGCCGGGGGGCGGCGGAGCCGCGGCCGCCGCCAGGCACCCCCCGUCCGGCGAGGCGGCGGCGGCGGCGCCGCGGGACGAGGAGCAGCAGGAGGAGGAGGGCGAGGAGGAUCUCCGCGACGGCGGCGUCCCCUUCUUCGUCAACCGCGGCGGGCUGCCCGUGGACGAGCCCACCUGGGAGCGGAUGUGGCGGCAUGUGGGCAGGAUCCACCCCGAGGGGGAGCGGGUGGCGCAGAGGAUCCGGGGCGCCGCCGACCUGCCCAAGAUUCCCAUACCAAGUGUGCCUGCGUUCCAGCCGUCCACCCCCAUCCCUGAGCGCCUGGAAGCUGUACAGCGCUACAUCAGGGAGCUUCAGUACAAUCACACUGGGACACAAUUCUUUGAGAUUAAGAAGAGCAGACCUCUGACUGGGCUGAUGGACCUGGCCAAAGAAAUGACCAAAGAGGCCCUGCCAAUAAAAUGCCUGGAAGCUGUGAUCCUGGGAAUUUACCUCACCAACAACAUGACCACGCUGGACCGUUUCCCCAUCAGCUUCAAAACCCACUUCUCAGGGAACUACUUCCGACACAUUGUGCUGGGGGUGAACUUUGGAGGCCGCUAUGGGGCACUGGGCAUCAGCCGACGUGAGGAGCUCAUGUACAAAGCACCCGUCUUCCGCACACUGAGCGAACUCAUCUUUGACUUUGAGGAGGCAUAUCGCCGCUGCUGGCACACUCUCAAAAAGGUGAAGCUGGGCCACUGUGUGUCCCAUGACCCACACAGUGUGGAGCAGAUUGAGUGGAAGCACUCCAUCCUGGAUCUAGACAAGCUAACCCGGGAAGACUUCCGCAAAGAGCUUGAGAGACAUGCCCGUGAUAUGAGGCUGAAGAUUGGCAAAGGAACUGGGCCACCAUCUCCCACGAAGGACAGAAAGAAAGAUGUCUCCUCCCCACAAAGAGGUCAGGCCAGCCCCCAUCGGCGCAACAGCCGCGGGGACCGACGGCCAUCUGGUGAGAAGAAGCCUGCCGAUUCCAAAGCCAUGCCAGACCUCAAUGGGUACCAGAUCCGGGUGUGAAGAGAGCUGUGCCUUGUGUGCCUGGCUCCACAGACUUCUUGCUGGCCACAACUGGGACCUGGAUCCACCUGCAGUGAUUCUGACAAAGGGGACAGGGGAGGGGAAGCGGAACAGAGUGCUGAUCUUCCCAGGUACUUCCUAGUGGGUCAGUCCCAGAGCUGGAUCCCAUGGGUCCCAGAGGAUUCACCUGCCUGUUUCUGGGAGAGGUGUCCAUCUUAAUUCACUAAAACAAGUAUUUUAAAAAAAAAAUAAAAAAGAUCUGUAUGUUGGUGAGAGUUUGCUGCAGGAAGAAUAUGGAGUGGGAUCAGCAGACUUGCUAUCAAUUUUUUUGUGUUGACAGCAAGUAGAUGAAGCCUCUUGUCGACAGUACUUCUUCCCUGUCUGCACAGAAGUCUUCAACCCAUGCAAGGCCUGCAGGGCUGAGGGAGAAGUGAUGCUGGAAUGGGAUGGCCCCCACAUCUUGUGCAAAAACUCCUGGUUUUGUCAUUAUGAACACUUUGUUUAGCAUUGCUCUUGUGAGACAGGGCUGAAUUUGCUCAGCCUGAUUUAUUGAUCAUACAAGGGCCUCUCAUCCGGAGAAACCACAUCUUGUGUGUUUAGUCCUGCCUAUUUCAAAGCAUUUCAUUGUCUCUGAGGGGGCAGACAGUGGGAUGAUGAUCCUCUUUACCCACUGCAAUGCUGGUGAGCUGUUGCUGUAAGUCCUUUUGUGGUUGAGUGGGUCAGGAUAUGCCUAUGCCAUUGCCAUAUGAAAACAGGCACAGAGACCUCAGUUGUCCCAGCAGUGGAGGCAGGGGCAGGCAGGGGCUAGUGGGAAGCCUGAACUUUGAGUCAUCUCUUCAUCAGCCUUCUCUCUAUUAACUUCUAGUGACUGCUACUGUGAAAGCUUGUGGAAGGCACUUCAGUCACUGAGGUAUGAGUUUUAAGAGUAAAUAGUUAAAGAAGGAUUUAAUGAUGUGAACAGGUUUUACAAGCAUUUUUCCUUUCCACAAGGGUCUUGCUCCUUCCUCACUGUAGUGUUAGUGCUAGAGUUACAGACACCUGUUGGUGGGAAGCCCUGCUCGAGGAGAUUGCAGCUGCUUUCCUGACAGCUCAGCCCAGAGCCUCCUGAAAGUAGUUCCCCACCCCAGUCCCAGAGCUGUGCUUGUGUUCUGGCUCUUUGGAUAGCUGCAGUAUUUAACAGCACCACUUAUGCUAGCCUUCCUCAAAGGGCUGGGCUGGACCUUUCUGCCCGCUUACAGCCUUGACUCUUCCUACGCUUCUUUUCAGGGGAGUGUUGUACUACUGAUCAAGCAGCGUAAUGCUUGUCAGAAAUUUGGAGUGUUGUCAGACCCUUCUUUGAGGCCUAGGGCCUGGAAACAGUGGGGUUGCCAGAAGUCAGAACAGCAUGGCCUUGAAGUGAUCUGGAUGCGUGGAUCUAGGGGAUGCAAAAACUGAGCUUGGGAGUGGGAGUAUCCUUGAGAGAAACUGAGUCUUGUUUUAUCACAGCACUGACAAGGAGCUAAACUUUCUGAAAUACUACAGAUUUGAUUUUGUUAGAACUGGGCUUAUUCUUUCCUGUGAACCAGUUAGAAACAUGAUGGAGCUUAGCUCUACCAGGUUUUUUGUUGCAGUAUUGCUGUGCCACACCCUCAUAUAACCAGUGCUAUUUUGGUGGCACAGAAUGGGUUCUUAUCCCCAAACAAAUUAGCUCUUCUGUUGAGUUAAAGCAGUGUUAAUCCUUGAAGCACCACCCACAAGCGAUUUAACUCAGGCCUUACAGGUUCCUAAUUGUACAUCCUUAACUGUGAUGUAAUUUGCAAGGCGCUAUAUCCAUACCACUACAGUCUGUCCUUCCAAGCUCUCUUUGUAGUCUGUACUUUUCUGCUAUGCUGUACGACCAGGACAAUCCAUAGGGAGGUGGCAGAACUUGCUGGUGAUCCAAGAUAAGGUUAAUCCAGAAAAGGAUGCCAGUUUCCACAGUGCAGUGCAGCACGUGUCCCCUCCCUUGCACUCCAGCUACAUGCAACAAUUUGAAAUUAGACAGCAGCAGCAAGCCAAGCACCCAUUUGAAUGUGUCCUCUGGUCAAUUUUGUGUGGCUGUAAAUUAACAUAUUUAGUGUCUGGAUGCUAACAAUGAUGUUAGCUGUAAAGGUACCACAGUUACCUGUAAAUAAGUUGGGUCACUUCGAAGCCACAAACUGCCUUUGCAUAAUUUUUGCUAUGCAGCGGACUGAAAGUUUAGGUGCCACUGUGAAUCACACGAUAAAUACAAGCAGCAGUCAGCAAGGGAGACUGAAUGUCAGGUUUUAUUAAAGUGGAUGAAAUCCAGAAAAAAAAUUAUAAAAGCCACUUAGAUAAAACUAGGGUGCAUCCUCACCAUGACUUUGGUUGGUUAAUUCAGAGUAACUGAAAAGCUCUUGAGAAUAAUUAGUAGCUUCAUACACAGCACAUUCAAUAGCUGGACAGACUUGAGCCUUUUUAGAUGGAAAGAAGGGGAAGUGUGUUGGGGGGAGGAAGACUUCAAAAGAGAUGGGGCAAGUGAGGGGUCAGCAGCAAGCUAAUGACGCUUUCUUGAGAGCAGGGCAAAAGGGAUGCUCAGCAGUGUUAGAUCACCAGGGCAGAAUGGCUUAAAACAAAAUGCUUUGUUGGACCUGGUAAUUAAGCGCUUUCCUGCAGGAUGUAACUGAGGCCAAUAGCUUAGAACACCAAAGGAAGUGGAUGUUUAAGGAAUGAAUGACAGGUAGAGUUCAAGGUCUCUUAAUCCUCAGCUGUAGCCAGACAAGAAUACGCUUUUCAAGAUUUAGUUGCACAAUUAUGUAUGUUAGGAGGCAUUUAAUUCUUAUGUAUCUAAUGUUGAUGACUUCUCAAGAUGGACACAGGAGCAGACAUGAGCCCUCUGCAAGGGUUACUAUUUCAAGCCUUCUACUAGGUUUCUCUGUGUGAUAGAAUUCCUGCCCCUUACUGUUUCUGUAUCUCCAGUUUAGCAGAGGGUGCAAGAAACUGGAAAAUGACCAAACAAUUCUCCCCUUCUUGCUCUUGCUCCCCCCAUCUUAGUAACAAGAUGAAUCACUUCAAUAAAAAGCUUAGCUUCCUUGCUAACAAACAAGACAGCAUCCCCCUGUGACAGAGAGGAUUAGUGCAAUCCAGAUUGAUGCUGUAAGAAACCUGAGGGUACAAUGAAAGAUGAACUUUUGCACCUCCACUUCUUUCCUCCCUCAUCCACCUGCUCUGGCUUCUGGUCUGUCUGCCUUUAACCAUAAGGAAAAAAAGGCUGGAGCUGAGUCUUUUUCACUUCUGCAGUCUUUAGAGCUACAGAGAAGGAAUGAAAAUAAGGAACUAGACUGUAACUCAUACUCCUUAGUGCCUGCAGAACAAAAAAGAUGGAUCUUGAGGAGUCCUAUUAAUUAUUUAAUGUUAAAUAUUAAUAUGAUGGCUCAUGUAGCACUGGGGUGUAAAUUUCACUGUUCAGUAGGUCUGAUCUGACAUCUGUUCUGCAGUACAAGUCCUUCUGAACUCUGUGGAAGGGAACUGUAUCCAUACACUAGGAAUGGAUAAACACUGCCUAUGUUGUACGUGAAGUCUAGGUGAGCUUUGAAAGACUUGAACAAAUGCUGAUCUACUACUAGCAAAACUAUUUUAAUUGUAAUGCAAACCUUGAAAUAAGAGUUCCUCUUUAUACUUUUAUGUAGACAAGUCUCUUGAUACCUGGCCAACUGCAAUUUUUUAAAUGGAUGAAUGGAUUAGUGAGCAAACCUUUCUGCUACAGUGUCACUCUGCUAUAAACUUCAUACACUAAAGAGCAGGGUUGGGUGUCCAUCAGUCUGUGACACACUAGCCUUUUUUUUUUAACUCUGGUAUGAUAAGGUAUGUUAGCAAGUGUUUUAGCUGGGAGUGGAGUGGUUUUUUUCAGUUGACUGUUUUACCUGUGUGCCACUGUAUGGGUCAGUACAUAGUAUGCUUGGAUCUACCAGAAUAAAUGACUCCAGAACUGUGGUUGAAACGUCGUUUCUGUUCAUGCAGUAGCUGUAUUGCUGUUACCAGAUCUGCUUAACAUGAAUUUUUUUUUUUUUAAGUAUUUCAGGUGAAAGCCUUAAUCAGGUGCCUGCCCCUUAAGGUAGGCUCACAUAUGGUGUUGUAUAGGCUGAAACAUGACUGUCCUUAAAAUUGCAGAGUUUAAGAAACCAUAAUGAACAGAAGAAUGCUCCUGUUGCCAAAGGGCAAGAGUCUGGAUUAGAUGGGCUUGACCUUGCUCCAGUAGCUCUGGCUAAUCACUUCAGGUGGUUGUUUUAGCCACUUGCUCCUUCUAAGUGAAGUAUUUCAAGUGGUCCUGAUGAUGAGGCACUAGAUAUAAGCAGGAGGUGCCCUAUGUGCCAUGCGUACUGUGUGUGCAAGCCUGGCUGAAAUAACACCACAUAUUCCAGUGGUCUUGCACUGUUGUCCUGUCAACAUUAAGACCUGCAUUACAGAUAUGUAACUUAACCUAAGAAAGCAAGUGCUAUUCUGGCUUGGUGUUUGCUCUGCCAGAACAAGGUGGAGAUGGUCCCUCUACAACCAAGCUGAACUCCUUAGGGAAUUUAGUAUUUUUGUCUGUUUUCUGAGCAGGUGUUUACUUGUAUCACAACCACUCUCCUUCAGUGGUGCCCUGGCCCUGUCUGCUCAAGAGCAACUCAACUUAGGCCCAGAAGGCUACUGAGUCCCCCGUAAUCUCUGCAGAGCAGAGUUUCCCUCCAGGUCAGGGUUGAGAUGGUGCUAGUGGGACCAGAGUGGUCCCCUUCCAUGCACAUCAGUAUUCUACUCUAGCACUGAUAGGGUGCUCCAAAACCAUUUACAUCUUUAUCACUGGUACAGCUCAGAACUAAGAAAUGGAAGGUUUCUUUCUUUAAGAACAAUAUCAUGUGUGUCUUUUUGUAAUUAAUCAGUGUGGUUCUGUGUUCUUAUGUAGCCAACACAGAACUUGUAUUUAGAUUUAGUUCUUACUGCACUUCCAUAGCCCUCAUGUUGAUACUUCUUCCUGCUUCCUUUGACACUUAGACAAUAAAAUUCUCUCUGUACUGCUUUCAGCUUGUACAGAGAAAACAA